AUGGCCGGCUCAAAACCCAUCAUCAGAUUAGAUCGCAACAUCGUCAACCACCACACACGUGGGAAUACAAGAUCGAUGGAUUCGUCACGCGUUCUCGAGCCUUCCUCUCAAGAUGGAUUGCAGAAAGACGUGCAAUUCUCAGAAGGUCACGAUGCGGAAUCCGAGAGCAGUGGCCAUUCCACGUCUGCUAGUGCUCAAGCGGGUGUGAAGAAUAUCGAAGCGGUUUCUAUGACAUGGACGAAAUGGGGGUUGAUCGCUGCUUAUGCUAGUAUCUUUUUAAUGGCUUUUACGACUUCCCUCGAGGGCCAGGUCGUGCAAUCACUUUCCGUGUUUGCUACUAGUUCGUUCAAAAGCCAUUCUCUGAUUUCCACGGUUUAUGUUGUGCAGGGUGUUGUAAAUGCUGUAAUCAAACCACCAAUGGCCAAAGUCGCAGAUGUGUUCGGCCGUCUAGAGGCAUUUACCUUCAGCGUCUUCCUGUACAUCCUAGGCUACAUCCAGAUGGCCACCUCCAACAACGUAGAAUCGUUCGCAGCAGCGCAGAUCUUCUACUCGGCAGGCUCAACCGGACUCCAGAUUCUCCAACAAAUAUUCAUUGCGGAUACGAGUGAUCUUCUGAACCGUGCUCUGUGGUCAAGUUUACCGGAUAUUCCGUUCUUGAUCACGGUGUGGAUUGGUUCUAUUAUCGGAAAUGCAAUUCUGAAUACGACGACUUGGAGAUGGGGGUAUGGGAUGUGGACGAUUAUAAUUCCCGCUAUGUUCCUACCGUUGGCAUUGACUUUGUUCAUCAACGGUCGAAAAGCCAAGAGAUUAGGUCUCACAUCUCCAGGACCAUGGAAAGGACUUGGGCCUCUCCGAGUCAUCAAGGAUUUGUUUUUCGAGCUUGAUCUAGGAGGCAUCAUACUCCUCAGUGCGGCAUUUGCUUUAAUACUGGUUCCUCUCACUAUUGCAACCAGAGCAUCAGGAGGAUGGGGAAAUGGGAGCAUCAUUGCUAUGAUUGUUCUCGGAUUCAUCUGCUUCAUCGCUUUUCCUAUCUGGGAGUCUACAAAGAAGCUUUCUCCAAAACCUCUCAUUCCGCUAUAUCUCCUCAAAUCUCGCACGUUCAGCGCAGGUUGUGGAGUUGGCUUCUUCUACUUCAUGGUAUUCUACCUAUCAGUCCAACCAUACUUCUACUCCUACCUCCUCGUUGUCCAAAACAAAUCCGUCACCGCAGCAGGUCACAUAACCCAAACCUUCUCCUUCACCAGCACCGUCGCUUCAAUCAUCAUCUCCUUCAUAAUCAAAUACACCAAAUACUACAAACCCUUCGUCGUCGCCGGCUCGCUCAUAUACCUCAUGGGUAUUGGUCUUAUGAUUCGAUACCGCUCCAUCGGCGCAUCAACCGGCUCCAUAGUCGGCACGCAAAUCGCAGUCGGUAUAGGUGGUGGAAUGUUAAACGUCCCAGCCCAGAUCGGAGUCCAAGCCUCAACAGACCAUCAACACGUCGCAAUCGCCACUGCCGUCUUCCUAACUUGCGUCGAGCUCGGCGGGGCCGUCGGAUCCGCCAUCUCAGGCGCCGUGUGGUCUCGAAACAUCCCUACAAAACUAAACGCCUACCUACCCGUCGAGAAUCGCGUCAACGCGACAGCAAUCUACAACAACAUCAAUCUAGCGCUCGAUUAUCCCGUGGGUACUCCGGCGCGCGAUGCGAUCAACCAGGCGUACCAGGAGACGAUGCAUAUCCUGCUCAUUAUCGCGGUUUGUGUCACGGUUCCGUUGAUCUUGCUCUCGCUGCUGAUGCGGAAUUACAAGCUGGAUGAGAUGAAGCAGCAGGUUAAAGGUAGGGUUAUUGGUGGGAGGAUUGAGACGGGGAGUGAUGGGGUGAGGAAGCAGAGUGUUAGGAGACGGUGGUGGAAGUGGAGGGGGUCGAGGGAGAGUGCACCGGCGCAGAUUUGA